ACAAAACAGAGCAAUCCCAUUGGCACUAUCAGCUCUCACCAUCCAAGAAUCCUCUGAUUCUCCUCCUUCCCCUUGGGCCGUCCGUUCACGGAAUCUCUCUCCGGCCAUGGCCGCGCCGCGCGGCUCACUGCAGAGCCCACUCCUCCCCGGCGGCGGCCUCUCGCCUGAUGAGCCGCCGCGCCGCCGGGUCCGCCGCCCGUGCGCCGCGUUGGCCAUCGCCGUGGCUCUGCUCGCCCUGGCCGGCGUGCUGCUGCUGCUCUCGAGCCCCGGCGCCGGGCCUGCAGCUGAUCGAAGCCGGAGCGGGGUGCCCGUCGGGGGCGCGCGGCUGAGCACGCACGAGGUGGAGUCCGGCGCGGGCGUGGUAGCGGCGGACGACGGGCGGUGCUCGGAGGUGGGCGCGGCCGCGCUGCGGGCGGGCGGGCACGCGGUGGACGCGGCCGUUGCGGCGGCGUUCUGCCUCGGCGUGGUCCACCCCAUGUCCAGCGGGAUCGGCGGCGGCGCCUUCAUCGUCGUCAGGAACGCGAGCUCCGGCGAGGCCGUCGCCUUCGACGCACGGGAGACUGCGCCGGCCGCGGCCACGCCGAACAUGUACGAUGUGGACCCGACGUCCAAGUCGAAGGGUGCGCUGGCCAUGGGCGUGCCGGGGGAGCUCGCCGGCCUGCACGCCAUGUGGUCACGCUACGGCCGUCUCCCAUGGAAAUCCCUCUUAGCUCCGGCCAUCACGCUCGCCCGUGAUGGCUACACCAUCGUCCCAUAUGUCGCGAACGCCCUCAAGGAAAUAGAGCAAGACGUGCUAGCCGAUCCGGGCCUACGCGGCAUCUUUGCUGCAGACGGAAAGCUCCUAACCGCUGGUGAGCUCUGUCACAACCCAGCCUUGGCUGACACGCUUGAGGCCGUGGCGGAGCGCGGUGUCGAGGAGUUAUAUGGUGGAGUUGUUGGGAUGAGACUCGCGAAGGACGUGAGGCAGUUGGGCGGAGUGGUGACUUCAGAGGACCUGAUGGGGUACAGGGUGGCGGUGGGCGAUGCCAUGGAGGCCGACGCCAUGGGGUUCACCUUCCUCGGCAUGCCGCCACCAUCCAGCGGCACCGUCGGCAUGGCAUUGGUGUUGAACAUCUUGGGCGGGUACAAGUCGACGGAGUUCUUAAAUGGGUUUCUAGGCGUGCACCGGCUGAUCGAGGCUGUUAAGCAUAUGCUGGCCGCUCGGAUGGACCUCGGCGACCCCGGAUUUGUCAACGUCGCCGGCUACGUCUCGGAGAUGCUGUCGCCGGCGUUCGCCGACAAGAUUCGCCAAAGGAUUGCCGACAACACCACCUUCCCAUCAGACUACUAUCUCCCAAAGUGGCGCCAGCUGAGUGACAACGGAACGAGCCACCUGUGCGUGGUGGACGGCGAUAGAAAUGCAGUGGCGAUGACGACGACGGUGAAUUCCUUCUUUGGCGCGCACGUGCUGUCGCCGUCCACCGGCAUCGUGCUUAACAACGAGAUGGAUGACUUCUCGGUGCCCCAACAGAUCCCGGACCAGCUCCCACCGGCGCCGGCCAACUUCAUCGCCCCAGGGAAACGACCCCUGUCCUCCAUGACGCCGACGAUCAUCCUCAAGGACGGGCAGCUCGCCGGCGUGUUGGGCGCCAGUGGCGGUACCAAUAUCAUCACGGCGGUGACACAGGUUUUCCUAAAUCACUUUGUUCUGGGGAUGAGCCCGCUCGCUGCCGUGCAGAGCGCCAGGGUGUACCACAAGCUAGUGCCCAACUUGGUGAAGUACGAGGACGAGACGGUGAACGACGGCGAGGUCAUCAAGCUCAGCCUCGAGGCCAGGGAGUUUUUGAGAAGCAGGGGCCAUGUGCUGGAAGGCACGGCGUCGGGGGCCGUGUGCCAGAUGAUCGUGCAGGAUUUGUUGGAGCCAGUCUCCAGUGGCGGCGGCGGCGAGAACGUCUUCCGUGGGAUGCUGACGGCGGUGAGCGACCCGAGGAAAGACGGCAGUCCUGCCGGAGUGUGAUCGAUGCAGCUAGAUUGUUCUUACAUGUGAAAUGUAAAUAUACAUUCAAACCGAUUGCUUUGAAGAACACGAAUUCCACGUCA